AUGGCGUUCGACAAGAUCCAGGUCGCCAACCCCGUGGUCGAGAUGGACGGUGAUGAGAUGACCAGGGUGUUCUGGAAAUCUAUCAAGGACAAGCUUGUCUUCCCUUUCGUGGACCUGGACAUCAAAUACUUUGACCUCGGCCUUCCAUACCGUGAUGCUACCGAUGACAAAGUCACAGUCGAGGCUGCAGAGGCCACACUCAAGUACAAUGUGGCUAUCAAGUGUGCCACCAUUACACCAGACGAAGCAAGGGUAAAGGAGUUUGGCUUGAAGGCUAUGUGGAAGAGCCCGAAUGGCACAAUUAGGAACAUUCUGAAUGGCACUGUGUUCAGAGAACCAAUCAUCUGCAAAAACAUCCCACGGCUUGUUCCAGGGUGGACAAAGCCCAUUUGCAUUGGGAGGCAUGCAUUCGGUGAUCAGUACCGGGCAACUGAUGCAGUUAUCAAGGGCCCCGGCAAGCUCAAAUUAGUUUUUGAGGGAAAAGAAGAGCAAGUUGAGCUGGAGGUGUUCAACUUCACUGGUGCCGGAGGAGUUGCCUUAUCCAUGUACAACACUGAUGAGUCCAUCCAUGCCUUUGCUGAGGCUUCUAUGGCCACUGCUUAUGAAAAGAAAUGGCCAUUGUAUCUUAGCACCAAAAACACUAUUUUGAAGAAAUAUGAUGGCAGGUUCAAGGACAUUUUCCAGGAGGUCUAUGAAGCUGGUUGGAAAACCAAAUUUGAAGCUGCCGGCAUAUGGUAUGAGCACCGCCUCAUUGAUGACAUGGUAGCAUACGCGCUUAAGAGUGAAGGAGGGUAUGUCUGGGCUUGCAAGAAUUAUGAUGGAGAUGUGCAGAGCGAUUUCUUAGCUCAAGGUUUUGGCUCAUUGGGUUUGAUGACAUCGGUACUGGUGUGCCCUGAUGGGAAGACGAUCGAAGCUGAAGCUGCCCAUGGUACUGUUACCCGUCAUUACCGUGUUCAUCAGAAAGGAGGUGAAACCAGUACAAACAGUAUUGCCUCAAUCUUUGCGUGGACAAGAGGACUUGCACACAGGGCAAAGCUUGAUGACAAUGCUAGACUACUUGACUUCACUCAGAAGCUCGAGGCUGCCUGCAUUGGAGCUGUCGAGUCUGGGAAGAUGACCAAGGACCUUGCCCUUCUUGUUCACGGAUCUGCAAAUGUAACGAGGAGCCAUUACCUGAACACCGAGGAGUUCAUCGACGCUGUUGCUGAUGAGCUCAGAUCAAGGCUGGCGGCCAACCCAAACCUAUGA